AUGGACCACGAAAAGAAUAUCACGCAGGGCUCUCUAAAUACGCGUGACCGAGACACCGGGGCAAUAUCCCAAGUAGAGGCGUUUCUAUCGAGAGCUCCCCAAGACCCUCCACGAGACCAUAAAUACGACUUCCAAUCCAACAACCCGUUCACAGGGAGCUGGCGAGCUUUCGAAGAAGGCAUGGCUAUCCUUCAGAAAGAGGAGAACUUAGCAUUCGCUACACUCGCCUUCGAAGCAGCAUGUCAGAAAGAUCCACUUAACGUGGAGGCAUGGAAGAUGCUCGGCUCGACCCAAGCUGAGAAUGAGAACGACGAAGCAGCCAUGAAUGCUUUCGAGGAUGCCCUGGAGCUUGACCCUACCAACGGCGACGCACUUCUAGGCCUUGCGAUCUCUUAUAUCAACGGAGGCCACCAGCAAAAAGCCUACACAGUCCUCGAAAACUGGCUAACCUCAAAAUACCCUCAAAUUACUGCCCCCUCCGUUUCCCCCUCGGACCCCCACACCCGAUUGAUUUCACUCUACCUCUCCGCCGCCCUCCUCUACCCCUCCGGACCCCAACUUGACCCUGGCGUCCAAAUCGGCCUCGGCAUGCUCUUCUUCAGCACAUCACACUACUCCGAAUCCCUUGACUGCUUCUCUACCGCACUUUCCCUGACGCUCACCUCCCCUACUUCUACUACUGUAGGCUUCCAGAACUCAAAUUCCCAGUGCCAGCCUCACCUGCUCUACAACCGCAUAGGCGCGUCACUCGCAAAACUAAGGCGGUACGACGAAGCGGUAGAAGCGUACGAGAUGGCGCUGGUGGCGAGGCCAAAUUUCGUGAAGGCGAGGUAUAAUAUGGCGGUGGUGGCCUUUGCGAGGGGGGAGUAUGAGGAGUGUGCGAGGCAGGCGGUGAGGGCGUUGGGGGAGAGGGAGGCGGGGAGGGUGGACACGAGGGAAGGGGAAGGAAUGCGAGGGAAUGCGGUGGAGGAUGAUUUGAUGGGUGCGUUGAGGAAGGCGUUGGCGAAUAUGGGAAGGUGGGAUUUGAGUGAGGGUGUGAGAUCGGGUAUGUGUCUAGGGGACUUGAGACGGGCGCUGGAUGUUUAA